AUGCAUCAGAAACAACUCAAUUUAAAAUUUAGAGGAGUAGAAGAAGAAAUCAAUGAGAAUAUAAAAGGAAAAAUGAUAAGAGAAUUAGCAAAAUGGUUGGAAAUAAAAGAGGAAGAAGUAGCCUGUACUGUAGAAAGCGCAUUUAGAAUAAGGGUGAAACCCCAGCAGCUCAAACUAAAAAAAUCUCCUGGCGAUUGUUUGAUGAUUUUCAACUCAAUUGAGAUGAAAAAUAUGAUAUUAAGAACAAGUUACCGGAAAAAAUUAAUAAUUGAAAACAGAACAAUUAUUAUAUACAAAGAAAUACCAAUCAGACUUUUGGGUAAAAGACAAGGAUACCGACAAAUAGUAAGUGUCUUACAGAGAAACAAUAUACAAUAUAGAUGGGAGUUCCCCGAAGGAAUUACCUUCUAUUAUAAAGAUAAAAGAUUCAGAUUGAUAGAUACACAAGAAGCAGAAAUUUUUUUGAGAAGAUAUGAGAAGGAGCUUGGAAAAGGGGAAGAAUGGUAUGGAGGAGGAGGGAGAUAUACAGAAAGGAGGAAGGAAAAGAAGGUAAAAAACACAGAGAAGCAAAAGAGAGAGAGAAAAGAGGAAGAAGAGGAAGUGGAAGAGGAAGGAGCAGUAGGUGGAGAAGAAGAGGAGGAGGAAGAAGAAGAGUUAGGAGAAGAGGAAGAAAAGGAGGAAGAAACUACAAGGAACAGGAAAACUAGAUCGUAA